AUGCGUUACAACUUUAAUUCAAUUCUUGCUUUGGCUUCCUUGGCAUUUGCUUGUCAGUCAUUUGCUACGCCAGUAUUGAUCAUCAAUAAAGAUGAGCAAGGUUUCAGCCUGUAUGAACGAAGCAUGAGCGAUACAAAUGAUAUUCAAGAUGAUAUGCCGACGUUGCAAAAACGUGUUGUCAUUACUACACCUAGUCCGAUUUCGUUCAGUAGUAUCGGUCGUAUCACAACUCCUACAACAACAAGAAGUAGAAUUAAUAAAAGCGUAUCGACAACAACAAAUACAAAUACGAUUCGCACCAACGAGGCUGGCUCUCGAACAGUGACGAGAACGACAAGCUUGAAUGGCGGAAAUUUUACGCCGAUUAGCUUAGGACCGCAAAGAACUGUUAACACCUCUAACCGUCGUGUGACACGCACGCGAACUACGUCUUCUACGACUACAAGAAAUACCAAUACUGCAUCAACGACAGUCACAAGAAAUGGUAGAGGAACAGUUAAUCGUCUUCAAAGCGGUACCACUUUGAGCUCGCCCACAAAUCUUGACCUUAAUGUGUCAAUAUAG